UUUAAUCCCUUUCUCUCUCAUCUUUUUCUUCUUUCUCUCUUCCCUUGUCGUCUUCUCAUUGCUUCAUUCUGCUCCUGAAGACCACCAAUAAUUUAAUUAAACAAAAACAAACACUGUAAUUGAAACAGUUGAAUCAUCAUCAUCAUCAUCAAUUAAUCCUACCCAUUUGAAUCUGGAGAUCUCCUUCUGGAGCAGAAGCAUUGCCAUCAAUGUGAUCCCAAGAUAUUUUCCUUUGACAAAUAUAUAUAAAUGGAAUCUCCAAGUUAUAGUUCUUGCCAUUAAGGUGGGAUAACUUGAUUCUGAUCUGAUGCAAGGUCAAAGGAGGACUGUUGGAUCGUUCCCAGCAAUUAUUAGUAUGAUGCAAGGGCCCAGUUCUAGUGGCACUGAUACAAAUCAUCAGUCUUCCUUAAAUCAUGUGCAAAAUGCUGUAGAUUCCCGAUUUUCAGAUUAUGGGGGAUCUUUUGGUGAGACUGCAUGUUUAUGUAGUACUAGUCAUGAUGUUCAAAGCUUCAGUAGUUGGAAUUUAGGGGAAUCUAGUUCUAGACUGAAUCUGACCAACCAAGGCAAUGCAGAAGGUCUAAAAUCAGAACAUGGUUUAUCUUCUUCAUAUAAUGCUACUAGCGAGGAUGGUCUUAUAUCUGAGGAAAGACAAUUUGAACCAAAUAGAGUAAAUUUUCCUGUUAGCUCAAAUAAUAAUCUACAUGGCAAUGAACCUAGAGUUUAUCCUUCCUUUUGUCAAGGCUCUAGUUCUAAUCAUAUUACCCAAAAUAUUAGUCUAGAUAUGGGGCAUGUUGCUAAUGCUUCUGACCGUGGGAAGGGAAAAGAAGCUAGUAGUGUUGAUGACUAUAAUACUAGUGGAAUAGAUAGAGAAAAGACAUUAUUUUGCAGUACAUCAUGUAAUUACACAGGAGCUUCAUCUGAAAACUCUGGAUCCAUGGCUUGGGGUGACGGUGAUAGUUCAAGUUCUCUAGUUAAUUGGGGUUCUUCCUGCAAGAGAAAAGCUCUUGAAGGUAGUUCUAGGCAACUGUGCUCAGGAGGAAGCUCAAGCACUUUUGCACAAUCUGAAAAUGAUUAUUGGCCUAUUGGUCCUGCUGAUCCUAGAGCUUCUAGCAACUUAAGUGAUGUUACAACUUUGGAGGAUAUUCCUGUUACUAGUCCUCCAUUACUGCAGAAUGUAAGAAAUGAAGUGAGACAAAAAGCUUCCAAUGCAUUUCCGUUGAUAAGUAUUGCAGAAAAUCUAGAAAGGCCUGUAAGAAACCUCAAUAGAAGAAUGAGCCAACUACAGGAUCAGGAAUCUAUACAUGUCAAUUUACCAUCAAUAGGGAGUUUUAGGCAUCUUAAUCAUUCUUCUCUGAGUCAAAUACCCGGCUCUCAGUCACUUAAUGAUUCAUUGGAAUUGAGGUUAACAGCCGGAGUAACAAAUGCUAAUUCUGGUACUUUAAACCAAUCACCUGCCCAGCGUAUCCAUUCUUUUCCUUUGAGUAGAAUCGCCAAUCCUAGGGGGGGAAGAUCUUUAUCUUCUUAUAACUCUGGAGAUAGAGUUAUUCGAGAAGAUUUUAAUUUGAGAGUGUUUCCCAGAGAUAGUAUUGAGCACCCUAUGAAUGCACCUGCAUCUUCACAACAUGAAUCUACACGUUGGCAUACACCUUCUGGUAAUAUGAACUUUUCUGAAGGUGUACCUCCUCCAUCCUGGAUUGGAUCUAGUUCAAAUGCCCACUUUUCACAUAAUUCUGGCUGGAAUUUUAAUCACGAAGUCCCAAUUGAAAAUGUGCAGAGUGUGUCAGAGUUUAAUCUUUGGCCCCUUUUUCCUUCAGUUUGCUCUGCAUCUGGUGUUCAUAAUGGUCAUUCUACUCCAUCUUCUUCUGGUCACCCCUCGUUUACCCAAGGUUCUGGCGACAAUCAAUCCUAUCUAAGAACAACAUUGUUAACAGAAAGAAGAGGUGGUGAUGUUCUCCCUAGUCCCCAUUCACUGCAAGCAUUAACCUUUGACAAUGAGGGGAGACGACGACUACUAUCCGAGAUUCGCCAGGUCUUGAUGGCAAUGCGGAGGGGUGAGAACUUACGAGCUGAGGAUUAUGCGUUAUUUGACCCUUUCCUAUAUCAUGGCUUGGCUGAAAUACAUGACAGACAUAGAGAAAUGCGCCUUGAUGUUGACAACAUGUCUUAUGAGGAAUUGUUGGCAUUGGAGGAGCGUAUAGGAGAUGUUAGCACCGGAUUGAGUGAGGAUGUCAUUGUUAAGUUGAUGAAGCAACGACUCAUGACACAGAGUUCUACAGUUUUGGAACCUUGUUCCAUUUGUCAGGAGGAAUUUGGUGAUGGAGAGAAUGUUGGAUCAGUGGAUUGUGGGCAUGAGUUUCACAGUGCCUGCAUCAAGCAGUGGCUAAUGCAGAAGAACAUCUGCCCCAUUUGCAAAGUAACAGCCUUAGCUACAUGACAGGGAGAAACCUUUAUCCUGUGUCAGUAUUUAUAACUUGUUUUACUUUAUGAAGUUAUUCUGUCAUGAUUCGAGCGCAUGUCUUCGUAAUGCUACUUCGAGUCCUUGCUUAAUGGACACUCUUCGAUCUUAAUUUAUUUACAGGUUAAA